GCUUCGGCGUCGGCGUCGCUCCCGCGCUGGGGCACUAGGCCGGCUUCUGUCCGCGGGCCUCGGUUAAGUGUCGGUGGCGGAGGGCGCGUGAAGGGCCGCCAGCCGCGCGGCGUCGGCCGUGGCGUCGGGGUCGUUGUGUCGUGACAACGACUCCGGUAGCCGUCUCCGCGACAGCAGGUGCGGCCGCUUUAGCCCCAGGCGGGCUCAGCGGCUGCCUGGCGAGUCUGUGCUCGCGCCCAGCCCUUUCCUUCCUGGACCCAGCGCCAAGCAGCGACGCUGAGCCGACCGCCGGAGCGGCGGGCAAUGGCGGCCUCGACGGCCUCGCAUCGGCCCAUCAAGGGGAUACUGAAGAACAAGAGUUCUACGACUUCCUCUGUGGUGGCCUCGGACGAGCAGCCCGGCAGGAGUGUCGACGAAGAGCUGAGUAAAAAAUCCCAGAAGUGGGAUGAAAUGAACAUCCUGGCGACAUAUCAUCCAGCAGACAAAGACUAUGGUUUAAUGAAAAUAGAUGAACCUAGCACUCCUUACCAUAGUAUGGUAGGUGAUGAUGAAGAUGCAUUGAGUGAUUCAGAAACCACUGAAGCCCUGGCCCCAGAUAUCUUAGCUAAGAAAUUAGCUGCUGCUGAAGGCUCAGAGCCAAAGUAUCGGGUUCAUGAACAAGAAAGCAGUGAAGAUGAGGAUAGUGACCUCUCACCUGAAGAACAAGGUAAAAAAAAGCGACAGUUUGAAAUGAAAAGGAAGCUUCACUACAAUGAAGGACUGAAUAUUAAAUUAGCUAGACAAUUAAUUUCAAAAGACCUACAUGAUGAUGAGGAAGAUGAAGAAAUGUUUGAGACUGGAGCCGAAGAAAGCAUGAACAUGGAAGAGUCAAAUCAAGGAUCUACUACAAGUGACCAACUGCAAAACAAAUCACAGAGUUCAUAGAAAAGAUUUGUUCAACACUGUAAUUGUCAGAUACAGACCCUGUUACUAUAAUACACUGCUUCUUGUUCUCAACAAUUCAUGACUUAAGUACCAGAAUGCAUACCAGUUAUUAUAUAUUGCCAAGAAUUAAAUGACUUUUGAGACUAAUUAGACUGAAAAUGCCUAAUUGAUACAUAUAUUCUUGUGCCUAGUACUUCACCACAAAUAUAGCAUAAUGUCAUCAGUCCAAAACUGCAUUACUUUUGUAAGAACACUGGUUAAUUUGUAUAUUAUAUAGCUUUUUAUGCUUUAGAGGUUAAAAUAAUAUCUUUUGGGGGGAUCUAAUUUAUUUUCUUCACUUCUAGGUGUGAUAGCUCUUAUAAAAAGUGUUUUUUUUUUUUUUUUAAAUCAAAAUCCAGUUGGAACAAGAGAUUAUAUAAGCUGGUAAAUAUUCAGUCAGUCUGAAAAGUAUUUUAACAUGUGUCUUCAACUUGAUUUGUCUGUUCAAUUGAAAAGGAUUAUAAGAGUAACUUGCAUUUUCUGGCCUACUAUCUUUAAAAUUCCCCUUGAGUUUCUCUAUGUUUACAAGGACAGGAUUGAAUUUUUCCUCAUCAAAACUAGCUUUUUUCACAAAUAAAUGAUCAGGUUAAACUUGCACUAACAUCGGCUCUGUUUUUUGUACACUUGAUGGGCAGACUUUCAGAUCAGUUUUUUAAAUAUUUAAAUACAAUUCUGGUAUAGUCUCAACAUUCCCUUUAUAUACCUGUCUUAACCUCCUGUCUUUGUUUCUUACUCCUUUCCACAUAUACACACACAGCCCUUUACUUUUACAAAGCGUAAUAAAGAUUGUCAUGAAAUUAGGAACUCUUCCUUCUCUCACAUAUUCUAUCAUUUGCUGCUACAAUGAAAUGUUUGACUAUCAAUGCCUAUUAGUUCUAAUACAUGGAGAAAAUUGAAUAGUGGCCAUACUGUAGACAGGAAAUACAAUUCAACUGUGGAAUUUCUACACCUCUCUGAUUUACAGCUUGCUAAUUAAAUUGCUAUAAUUAGUUUAUUGUUUGACUUGAUUAGACCUUAGAAAACAACUUAACAGGUUUUUUGCAUGAUGAGAGAAUUGUGUGUAAUCAGUGAUAUGAUGAUAGUUCCUGAAUGUACAGACAGAAGUAAUCCUGAAUACUUUUUAAUUUAAAAACUUUAAAUAGUCCCUGCUUUAGGGGAAUAUGACAAAUGUGCUUUAUUCUUCUAACACAGUAAGAUCUGGAUUUUUUUCCUGAAAUGAAGUGCAGUUCCUGUGUUAGUUUAGUGAUAGUUUCAUUUCUAGUCAAUUAUUUGUAUCUUAAUUUUUUGUCAAUACCAAAAGAAUUCAUUAUAUGAACAGACUUUUAAAAUAAUUUCUGUAUAUUGUAUAUAUGAAAUGGCUUUUAUUGAACAGCUUAUCUUCCACUUGCAAGUUUAUGAAAAUACCAAUAUGUCAAAAUAAAUAAAAAGUGGGAGAAUUCUUU